AUGGCUCAUUUGAGAUUGGGCGUCGCUCUGGGCGUGCUCACUUUGACCUUGUUGGUGUUCAUGCAACUGCUUGCUGCGCUGCACACCAGUUUCGAGACCCCUACGUCCAGCUUCAGUAGGAGCUUCAAUCAGUGGAAAAGUCGAACCGAUGCGGCAAAUGCCGCGAACAAUGACCUAUUUCUGGUAGGAGCUGGCAAGGCGGAUGUCACCGGGCCGGUCGUUGAGGUAGAUUUCAACGGAUACGCGAGCCUUGAUCAGCUGGGAACGGGCUUGCGUCAGAGACUCUACGCUCGAUCGUUCAUUUUUGCAAACCCUAGCAAGCCCGAUGACACUUUCAUCUAUGUCGUUCUCGACACGCUAGCCGGCGACACUGCCGUUAGGCAUGGAGUUCUGCAGGAACUCUCGGCGCUAGGUGGCGAGUAUGCCCACUAUGGUGAGCACAACCUUGCGUUGACAGGAACUCAUUCCCAUUCUGGUCCUGGGGCGUGGAUGAAUUAUCUCCUGCCUCAAAUUCCGACCAAAGGGUUUGACAAACAGAGUUACCAGGCUAUUGUGGAUGGCACGGUCCUAUCAAUUCAACGCGCACAUGAAAGCUUGACGCCAGGCCGUCUCUUAUUCGGAUCCAUCGAGCUUGACGAUGCCAACAUCAACCGCAGUCCUUAUGCAUAUGACCAAAACCCGGAGGAAGAAAAGGCUCGAUACUCGGCCAAUGUUGACAAGACUCUGACCAUCUUGCGAUUUGAUCGCGAUUCGGAUAAUAAGACUGCAGCUAUCUUGACCUGGUUCCCUGUACAUGGCACAUCCAUGUACAAUAAUAACACCAUCGUUACUGGGGAUAACAAGGGAGUUGCCGCUUACCUUUUCGAACGCAGUGUGAAUGGCGAUGCACGAUUUGCCGACGAUGUUGUCAUUGGCUUCUCGCAGGCCAAUGUUGGAGAUACAAGCCCGAACAUUCUGGGUGCAUGGUGUGAGGAUGGGUCCAACAAGAUGUGCACCUAUGCCGACAGUACUUGUGGAGGCACAAAUGAGGCCUGCCAUGGCAGAGGCCCCUUCUUCCGCGAGAAGGACAACGGAGCGAAGAGUUGUUUCGAGAUCGGCAAGCGCCAAUACAGUGCUGCCAAAACGCUCUAUGAGCAGAUGGACAAGACUCCUGUUCUCACGGGCGAUGUCAGGUCUUUCCACGUUUUCCAGGAUAUGAAUGGCUAUACCUUCACGUCACCAUUCAAUGGGUCUACACUGAAGACAUGCCCAGCAGCAUUGGGCUACUCCUUUGCGGCAGGGACUACAGAUGGACCUGGAGCGUUUGACUUUACGCAGAAUUCCUCAGGACCGGCUACCAAUAAUCCUCUUUGGCUUGUCGCACGGGCAUUUAUCCAUCAACCCAGUGAAGCACAAAAGCAGUGUCAGGGAGCCAAAGAUAUUCUCCUGGAUGUAGGAACCCUCACUGAGCCAUACGCCUGGGCUGCAGACAUCGUCGAUAUUCAGGUUCUCCGAGUAGGGCAGCUAUUCAUCAUCAUAUCGACUUCUGAGGCUACGACAAUGUCUGGAAGACGCUGGAAGGAAGCAAUUGCAAAAGGUGCGACAGAUCUCGGAAUUUCAGAUCCCCAAGUUGUACUAGGAGCACCGUCCAACAGCUACGCUCACUAUGUCGCGACCGAGGAAGAAUUCAGCGUUCAGCGUUACGAGGGCGCAUCUACCCUUUACGGGCCUAACGAGCUCGCCGCCUAUAUCAACCUGACCCUCACCUAUCUCCCGUACCUGGGAGGUGCCUCGGUCAUAGCCAACUUGCCCGAACUCCCUGCUGGUCCCAGCCCUCCGAUCAAUACAAAUAGGUCACUCAGUUUCAUUACAGGAGUUGUCUACGAUGAAGCGCCCAUUGGCAAAUCCUUUGGAGACGUGACUGCCAACCCUGGAGCAGGGCCUUACAAGCCCGGCGACACGGUCAAUACAACAUUUGUCGGCGCCAACCCGCGCAAUGACCUCCGUCAGGAGUCGACCUGUGCAGCGGUGGAAAUGAAAAACGAUGAAACUGGUGAAUGGGAAGUUGUGCGCAAUGAUCGCGACUGGAACCUGGUGUUCAAUUGGAAGCGAACCCACUUCAUCCUCGGGUAUAGUGAGGUCACGAUUCAAUGGAACAUUGAAGAUGACUACUAUGGUGUGGACAACCCGAACCCCGUGCAGAGUGGCACCUAUCGAUUGCACUACUAUGGGAAUUCAAAGAAUGCACUAGGGCAGAUCUCAUCGUUUGAGGGGAUUGGAGGAAGCUUUACCGUGGCUACCUAG